AUGUUUCAGUUUAUAAAUUUUUUAUUAAUUUUUUUAAUUCCUGUUUUUGCAUUUGAUCCAAAUAGUAAUUCAAAUGUUGCAGUAUAUUGGGGUCAAAAUUCAGGAGGUAAUCAACAAAGAUUAUCUUAUUAUUGUGAUUCUGAUGCUGCUGAUAUUUAUAUAUUAUCAUUUAUGCAUAUGUUUCCAAAUCCUAUUCAAUUAAAUUUUGCUAAUGCUUGUGAAGGUACUUUUACUCCAAAUGGUAUAUUAAAAUGUGACACUAUAGCUGCUGACAUUCAAUAUUGUCAAUCCAAAGGUAAAAUUGUUUUGUUGUCAUUAGGUGGUGCAGCUGGUUCUUAUGGUUUUACUUCUGAUGCUGAAGGUAAAGAAUUUGCUCAUACUGUUUGGGAUUUAUUUGGUAAUUCUCAAAAUUUACCAACAGCUGAUAGACCAUUUGGUGAUGCCAUAUUAGAUGGGUUUGAUUUUGAUAUUGAAAAUAAUGUCAAUACUGGUUAUAAUGCAAUGGCUGUUGAAUUAAAACAAAUCUUUGCACAAGAUACAUCUAAAAAUUAUUAUCUUGGUGCAGCACCUCAAUGCCCAUACCCAGAUGCUUCUGUUGGUCCUUUAUUAGAAAAUAGUCAUAUUGAUUUUGUCUUUAUUCAAUUUUAUAAUAAUUAUUGUAAUUUAGGUUCAUCAUGGUUUAAUUGGAAUACUUGGUUAGAUUAUGCAACUAAUGUUAGUCCAAAUAAAGAUGUUAAAUUAUAUGUUGGUGUACCAGGUGCUAUUAGAGCUGCAGGUUCAGGUUAUAAUUCUCCAGAUUUAGUUUCAGAAUAUUUAACUAGUGAUAUAACAAGUUCUCCAUUCUUUGGUGGUAUUUCAAUGUGGGAUGUUUCAGCUGCUUGGGAUAAUGUUGAUCCUUCAGGAAAUUUUGUUCAAAAUAUUAAAGCUAUUGUAAAUGAUGAUAUUUUUACUGCUGCUACUGUUUCAACUUCAUCAACUUCAUCAACUUCAGAUAUUGAUACCACAACCACCACCACUGUUACUAUUACUUCAACAACCACCACUUCAUCAACAACUCCAACCACUUCUAGUACAAGUAGUACUUCAACAACAUCAACUACUGAUCCAACCACUAGUUCAACCAGUACAAGCUCGACCAGUACAAGCUCAACAAGCACCUCCACAACUUCAACUUCCACUACCUCAACUUCAACUUCCACUACCUCAACUUCAACUACAUCAACGUCAACUACUUCAACUUCAACCACUAGUAGUAGUACCAGUACAACUACAUCCACCACUCCAACAACUUCAACCACGUUCACCAGUACUUCAUCAUCUAUAAUUCCAACAACCACCUCCGAAACAUCAUCAAUAGCAUCAAUAGCACAAUCAACUACCGAAGAGCAAAAAGAAACAUCAUCCAUAGUUGAAUCUCAAGCAACUCCCCAAAGUCCUUCUGAUACCCUGGAAACCGUUUAUAGAUCAUCAUUAACAACAUUAUCAACUUCAUUAAUUUCAAAUUCACCAUUAACUACUCAACAACCAACAACAACAAGUCAAAAUAUUUUCACUUCUUACGUUUUUGCACCUACAACUUUUACUACCAUUGCAACAUUUUAUGAAAUUAUAACUACACGAACUCAUCUUAAUACUAUUUAUGGUAGACCUCCAACAACUGCAACUUAA